AAUCUACAGGCUGUCAAAGCAGGGCGCUAUCGUGUCAUCGUGAUCAAUCCCGAGAUCAUUAUGCAAGAUGGUCAUACCAAGGAAAUCAUCCAAUCAAAUGACCGACCCAAAAUCUCGCUCUGUGUCCGCAAGAUGGAACAUGCUGCCUCGUCAUUCAAGGAUCUCGAUUUUGUAAUACCUGACGAUUUCGCCACCAAUGUCUCUCCCCCGAAAUUUGUCAUAUUCUGCAAUAGCAUUCUUGAGACGGAGGCAAUCACACAAUACUUAUGCAAUUGGCUCCCGGACCACCUUCGCACGAAGAUCAAGUACCUUCACACCACAAUGUCAGCAGAUUAUAGAGCAGAUGAAUAUAUGGCACUCAAAAAUGGAGACCUCUUUGGGCUAUGCGUCACUGAUGCCUUUGGCAUGGGCUUUGAUCUGGCAGGAAUUCAGCUUGUAAUUCAAUGGAAGGCACCACUUAGCAUCAACACACUAUGGCAGCACUUUGGUCGUGCUGCUAGAGGCACAGGCGAAUUCGUGUUUGCAAUCUUGAUUGCAGAAAGACACAAUUUUGAUGAGGAGAUGCGAAAGAAGGAGGUAGCAAAGGCUAAACGACAAGAGCGGGCUGGAAAGAAAAGAAAACGCAAGGAAACAAUGCACACAACUCAGCCAUUCAGUUGCAUCCAGUCAAUGUCCAACCGCUAG